GAAGAAGACGUCUGAAGAUUAGAGAACAAUUAAAAAUCACUCAACAUAAGAUUUAUUUUUGUAUGUUCUUGAAAGACUGCAGGAUAAAUCAUCCUGCUUGUCCUUCAUAUGUACCCCGGCUUCAUGAUAAUACCGUAAAAUACUCAAUACCUGCAUUAUUUGCAUACCAUUAUGGAAAUCAAGCUUUGCAACUGUUAAUUCAUGUCUGCAUGGUUUGCUUAUCUCUUAACUGUAAUGGAAGUGGAUUUCAGUUACAAGAAGAUGUCUUCUUUCGAUAUAAAAUGCUAAGAACACUACUUCAAAGAGAAUUUGUCUUUCAGAGACUUACAGAUGAAAAGGAUUUUAUACAUGCUCUUCAGUCUCUGAAAGAAGAAAAUAUCUUAACUGUGGAUGAAUCUAAACUUAUACCUUCCAAUUCUGCUACUGAAAAAUUUGAAUUUUUGAGUUCUUUGCUCAUACCUUUCCUCGAAAGCUAUUACAUUAUCUGCCAACAAUUAGCUGUAAGGGGAAAUGAAGUUUUACCAGAUUGUAAGAAGUUGUCUCUAGAGUGCCAAGCAUACAUCGAAAGUGCUAUUUUUGAAGGCGCUUUAUCAGAUUAUCGGUGUCUGUCUUUGGAUAUUGUGAAUAAUUGCAUAGCAUUUCUAGUCAGUCAAGGUGCCCUUAGUAAAGUCCACGACUCAAGUCAAGUUGCGCUGCUGCCUAGUCAUACUAAAUUAAUGAAUAUUCUUCUUGAUCUGGAAAUAUUUCUAUCAUCAUUUACAAGCAGAGUUAACCAAAGUAAUCGUCUUUCUGUACCAACUGCUAAGCUAUGAAAGGAAUGUCUGAAAAUUUUCAACCCUGGAAAAAAUCAAUAAUCAUUAAAUUUAUAUGAAUUUUUUUUUCCCACUUGUACAUUUCUAUGAAGGUUGUGAUGUAUUUAACUUGUAAUUUGAGGUUUAUGUAGAAUUAAUGCUGCCAGACUUUUGUCUUUUUAUUCUCAAAAUAUAAAUAGGCUGUUUAUACAUAUCGAAUUUAUCAUCAGUUAUGUCAUUUUGUGUUUUAAUUUUAGAAAUCUAAUUUAUUUUCAUUUUGAUAUAAAUACAUAAAUUCAUUAAAAAAUGUUUAAAACUUUAAAUAUUGUAAAAGGUCGAAUAGUUUGUCAAUUUCCUUUGCAUUUUGUAUGUUUUGACUAGUGAGAAAAGAUUUACAUAAAAUGUAGCUUGGGAAUUAUGCAUGAGCAGGAAAUAACUUGUGAAUUAAAUGCUUGUUUUAUUGUGGGAAUUUGCUAUGUUAAUUCAGGAAUUUUUAUACUGUUUAUAAAGCAGUUUCAUUCAAUGUACAGUUUUGGCCAUCUGUGUUUAAAAAUGUAAAUCAAAGGCAAAUUCUGCCCUCAUUGUUUUUAUCUUAGUGACAUUUCCUGAAUUUCAGAAUAACAUUAUACUGUGAAAGAAAUUCUAAAUGUAAGUCUUGAAGCAUCCCCCACCCAGUUUUUAUUAGUUUUAUAGCAUUUCAGUUGGAGAAAAAUUAAAUUUUUUUAUUGAAAGAUACAGAAAAGAAUAACAUUCUAAAAACAGUCUGGGUAUUUUUACCUUUCACUUCUUGGAAAAUUUCAAAUGUUGUUUUUGGGAAAAUGCAUUUUCAGGCAUUUAUAUUGCAUGAGUACAAAUCAAGCUUCAGGCUACUGCAAUAUGUAUCUGAUAUAUAUCAAUGCAUGCAUUUCUAAAGUUGUUUUCUUUAUAUUGUGUUGUGUAUAAUUAUUAUAAACUUUAAAUGUGCUUUUAAAAAUUGCUCAAUCCGGUGUUUUUGUGGCUGUUCUUUUGUAUUCUUUGGCAGCUUUAAUGUAUUUAUUUAUUUGUUUACCAAAAAGUAACUUUUUUCGUACUUAAAUUUUGUUCAUAGUGUUAUGUUCGGUGAUUUUUAUUUAUGCCAUUAAAUUUAAGUAUUUUGUUGAAAAUUGAUAUAUAUUAUAUACCCUUGUUGAAUCUGCUUUUCUAAUGUCUGUGGUAUAGUUCUGUGUUUGAUUGAUGUUCAGUUACAUUUAUUUUCUGUUAACUGUGUAAGUUUUUAAAUUAUUGAUUAAUUUUUAUGGAAAGUCAUUGCUACAAAAAUUUUUAAUGUGGGAGAAGGUUUUUAUCUUUUCAUUGUACUAAAAUGAAGGUUUAUCAUAUUGUUUUAUUUAAAUUAAGUACCACGUAUGUGCAGUUAAGGAGUUUUUCUUUAAAAUAAAAAGUAUUUGUGUUUUACGGAAAAUGAAUAUUACUUUCAGAAAUUUGUAUACUAUUUGGCAAAUAUAAAUUUUUUUUCAAUCAGUUUUGCAUUGAAUAUCUUAAUUCUUUGUAAGCUCAAGUACUUCCAUCAUUUGCUAUCUUGUGUACUAACAAAGAUAAUAAUAUUAAGAAAAUUAGACUGCCAGUUUGUUAAUAUAUAGCCAGGCAAUAAUUAGAAAUUAACAUAUUAGUUUAAAAAAAGUUGUCACUUCUAUAAUAUUCAAUUUUUCACUUUAGGUAACAACAGUUUGUUUUGAAGGGAAGUAUGUGAAUAUAGUAAAUUUUAUGAUUUUCUGUCUAAUAUAAAAAAAUACGUGCUUCAUUUGAUAUCAUGCAAAGUAAAUUUAUAAAGUGUGUAACAUACUUAGGGUGACUUUAAGAUCACCAACUGACUUAAAAAAACUUUAUGCAUUGUGGAUUUUCAAAAAGACAUUGCAGUUCUACCAGCAAUGCAUAUCACAAAAUAACAAAGUAGUGAAUGAAGUUCUAAAGAGUUCUCAUUGCUGAAUCUUUCCAGCUGCAGCUGCAGAUAUUUUAAAACAGCAUUUCAUAGAAUAAUUGACUUUUAGGUGAUUUUGCUUUAAUGGAAUAUUUUCUUUGGAAAAUUAAGCUUUAUUCUUUACCUUUGUUCUUUACUUUUUUAACAUGAUUCAUUGAAAAUCUUUAACUGAUUGAACAAAGUUUUCCAUUUUUCCAAGUAUGAAACAAAACUUAAAUAGAACCCUAGAAAUCCUUUAGCAGUCCGUUCUCCUAUGGAGCAUUCAAACUCUCUUUAUAUUUUUAGAAUGAAUUUGAUUAUUAAAUGUGUUUUUGUUCUAAUCCUAAUAAAGUAUCACCAUCCAUAUGCUGUUUGGCACAGCAAUAGUCAUGUUGAUUAUUUACAAAAGUCAGGACUAUUUACUAUAUCUGGAGCAUUAUGCUGAAGUAGGGUACUGAACUAUCAGGAUUAGCCUGUAUAGUCCAGUAUUCCAGUAUAUUUGAUCACUGUAAUCAUAACUUUAUUAAAAAAUUAAAUACCGACAGUUAUAUGAAAAAUAAAGUUUCUAAAUAGGGUAGCAUAAUAUCUGAGCAUUAAAAAAAAAGAGAGAGAAGGAGGAAGCGAUAUACUUUAAGAAUGGUAUAUUGGUGAUUCAUUUGGAAGUAAGUUCAUUUUCCAUAUGUUUAUUUUAAUUCGUUUAAUGCUAAUGUUUUCUGAAGUCAGCUUCAUUUUAGUACUUUCACUUUACCAAUACCUGUUUUGAAAUUUGAAAUUAGCAAUUUAAGCUCUUAUUUUAUGUUUGUAUAAGUAACUGGGAAUUUAUGCAUUCUUAUUAAUAUUUUCAGCUUUGUGAAGUUGUUUAUUAAUUUCUAUUAGACAUAUAUGAUGGUAUAGCAUACUUUGAAUCAAAAGCUUUUGUGAAUAUAUUGGAAGAGAAUUCAUUUUGAUUCUUGUUGCCUUGUUUGAUUUGCAUCAUAAUUCAUGUCUUAUGAUAAAAGAUCAAAUCCUUGUAAUUUCAUUCUGUUAACAAUGUUGAAUGUUGUAACAGUGCUUUGUGGUUUUUUCAAAUCUUACAUCGCAUUUAAUGCAUUUUUACCUUUUUAAUAUUUUCUAUGACUGUUGCAAAGAAAUAUUUUCUAUACAUGUUUUUGGUACCACUGUAUAUUGAUUUUGUAGUUUAAUUCUGUGUUUCCCAAAAUUGUGAUAUUUAUAGUGUUGCUGUUUUAUGGCAGUAGAAUGUAAAGCUAUAAUGAAUGCUGUAGAAAUAUGUGUAUGUAUGUACAUGCAUGUCAGUAAUGAAUAUGAAUUCUGGUAGUAGGUAUAUUGUCCUAGUUUCAACCCAUUUAUACCAAUGGAAGUGUAUGUUUACUGUACAAAUUCGGGAAAUGCUGGUUUAAAGCAUUUAUUUACUUUGUCGUAUGAAGAAAAGUACUCUGUCAAUUAAUAGAAAUUACAGAAAAUGUGUUUUUUAUGGCUACUACUGUAUUUUUCUCUAUUCCUCUAAUGCAUUUGAAAUUAAAAUUUGAAGAAAAAUUA